AUGGAAGCUCAACGUGAGAAGAAAGUAGCGGGCGGCCUGCUGAUCAUCAAUGCGGGUCUCUUCCGUACCGCAACAAAGUCUAUGGCGCUCGCAUACCAGAUCCUUGGCUUCAAAACACACCAUGGCCUUCUGGAGAAAGCCACCGACACCCCGUGGGUGCAAAUUGAAAAAGCAGCUGAGGCGACCUGGCCAUCUGCGCCCGGUGCCUGCCCCAGACCGCCAUUCACUCGCACGGACUGGGACGAGCUAUGGGGGAAUAAAUAUGAUGCCGUCACCGAUUUAGCAUCGCCCUUCACUCUCGAGCUCAUCAAGGCCUACCCGGAUGCGAAAGUGAUUAUAGUGGAGCGUGAAUAUGCCAAGUGGUGGCCCAGCUUCCAGCAUGAAGUCCUGGACCGAGUUAUGAUACAGCCCAUGGCUGCUAUCAAUGGCUUCUUGGCGCUUUAUCUAAUGGGGAUACCGGCUGUGCAAGCGAUGCGGAAGAUUCAUUUUGGCUUCUUCCAUGCUCAAACCAGAGACGAGAUUUUGGCAAAUGCCCAGAAAACUUAUGAAGCGCACUAUCGUGACGUUCGGGCUGCUGUUCCGCCAGAGCAGAGGCUUGAGUAUAAGAUGGGCGAUGGCUGGAAGCCGCUAUGCGACUUUUUGGGUGUGGAGGUUCCUGAUGUGCCAUUUCCGAGAGAAAAUGAUGCGACUACACAUUCGGAGGAAGCAAAGGCGAGGACGAGGUUACUGUGGAUUACUAGCAUCAAAAUUGCCGGGCCAGUCGUGUUUGGGUUGGCUGCACUGUGGGUUGCCUUUGCAUUUAAAAAGGCAGAUUGA